AGAGGGGGCCUGCUGUUAAAUCUUUAUAUAAACAUAAGCUGGUCGUGCCGUCCUGCCGACGAUUACGGGUGACUGCGUGGGUCCCUCCACUUUUUCCAUACACUCUUCUUUGAUCUUUUUUAUUUCUCCUCUCUCUUCCUCUCUCUCCCUGUAAAGUUUGCUUUUUUUUUUUUAUUUUCCUCUGUUUGUUUCUUCCAUGGCGUCUUCAAGGGAAGGUCACUACAGGGGAGUGAGGAAGAGGCCUUGGGGUCGCUACGCAGCUGAAAUACGUGACCCCUGGAAGAAAACUAGGGUUUGGUUGGGUACAUUUGACACACCAGAAGAAGCUGCUCUAGCUUACGACGGUGCAGCUCGUUCUCUUCGUGGAGCUAAAGCCAAGACCAACUUUCCAGCUCCGGCCACUGCUCUUUCCCUAGACCUCAACGCACCAUCGGAUUCUCACCACCGUUGGAGCUCAACCGCCUCUCACCGCUUCGCUCUCGGUGAGUUCCUACAAACUGGGGUUUUCAAAGAGAUUAGCUUUCAUGGAGAGAGUUCAGGCUCGGUGAAAAAUGAGAGUGCGGUUGCCGGUGGUGGUGGUAGUUCUGUCACUCCAUUGCCGGAAAAUGGAGGUCAACCAUCGUUUUUGGGAAUUGUGCGACGUGGGUUGCCUAUAGAUUUGAACGAGCCACCACCGUUGUGGCUGUGAUAAGGUUACUUAAAAUCGAGGACAAGGUGUAGGGCACUUUCCGGCCGCUUUUAACCUUACUAUUUUCUUUUAUUAAUCUUUCUUUCCAUUACCUUUUAUCUACUUAUUAUCUCUGUUUUAAAAGGAGUAACAUCAAAUCAUUAUUAGUUAGAAAAAAAAAAGGAAAAAAAACUGAUGAACGGUUUGUAUAUAUAUGCAUCUUUUGUUUCUUUGUUUUUAUGAAACACUUUUAUCUUUCA